UCACAUACCAAACCUCACUCAUUUCAAACCAGGGUAGGAAGGACAGAUUGCCUCCAAAACACCUGCACCUUGCCUCUUGGCACAAUGCUCACCACAGCACACAGUAGGCAGCACCAUGCAUUUGAGAAGAGCCCUGGCCACAUGAAGAACAUAGACCGGAAGCUGCAGCAGGCCAUGAGCCAUGCAGCAGGAAGCAAGUACAUGCAGAGGAUCUACCCUCUAGGCAGCAUCCAUAGGAGCAGCUCCAACCUCACAUUGUCGUCCCUCUCCCUGUCACAGAACUCCAAUGACUCCUCACUCAGCAGCUCGAACUCCAGCUGGGAGCCGAAGGUGCCUCUUCUCUAUGGCGGCACGUUUAGCCCCUGGGGCGAUGUGUUCGUGUCUCUGGAGAGGAGGAGGGAAGAUGACAAGACUAGUGACCAUGAUGCUGAAGGGGAGGAGGAGUUUGAUUGCAGUGAGCCAGGGAGCUUGCAUAGGUGCAGUUGGAUCACCAAGAACAGUGAUGAGGCAUACGUUCAGUUCCACGACGAAUGCUGGGGCGUCCCUGUGUACAACGACAACCGUCUCUUCGAGCUGCUGGCGCUGUCAGGGAUGCUCAUAGACCACAACUGGACGGAGAUACUCAAGAGGAGAGACAUGUACAGGAAUGUGUUCGCGGACUUCGACCCAAGCGCGGUGGCGAAGAUGGAUGAGAACGACAUCACCGAGAUAAGCGGCGACAAGGAGCUCAAGCUGGCGGAGUGCAGGGUUCGGUGCAUCGUGGAGAACGCCAAGUGCAUUCAGAAGGUGGCCAAGAAGUUUGGGUCGUUCAGCGGGUACAUGUGGGGGCACGUGAACCACCGGCCGGUGGUGGGCAAGUACAAGCACCACAAGUACAUCCCGUUCCGGACGCCCAAGUCGGAGGCGGUGAGCAAGGACCUAGUCCGGCGAGGGUUCCGCCUCGUCGGCCCCGUCAUCGUCUACUCCUUCAUGCAGGCCUCCGGCAUGGUCAUCGACCACCUCGUCGACUGCUUCCGGUUCCCGGAGUGCGUCCGCCUCGCCGAGCGCUCCUGGGGCAUCACCAACGUUGCCGCCUAGCCGGUCGCGCGCCCGAUGCCGCCGGCCGGUCGAUGACUUGGUUGCUCGGCGUUGCGUUGCAAUUUUUCUUUUCAACACCUUUUUGGGUCACGUUUUUUCCUUCUCUGUUUGGAUUUGGUCAUGCUUGAAGCCUUGAAUUGUGCAACGUGUGCUGUAGAGAGUAAUACUACUAAGUUAUGGUGCA